AUGAGUAGUACAAUUGAUUUGGUUGUGAGCCGGUUGAGCUCUGCGGAUUCUGAUGUAAAAGUCAGGGUUGAAGCAGCUGCUCAACUGAGAGACAACCUCGAACACUACAUUACUGGUCCCAUAUACUCGCCCUUCUUGAAGAAACUUAUACCCAUCUUCAAGAACAUACUCAAUGGACCACCGGUUUUUAUCAGUACAUCCGCGGAACAGAAACUACGAAAUUGUGUUCUUGAAAUCAUACAUCGACUGCCUACAACUCCUGUCGAAGCUUUCGAACCGUAUGCGCCAGAUAUUGUGGACCUGUUGAUGCACCUGGUCAGAUGCGACAAUGAGGAAAACGCUUCGCUAUGUGUCAAGACGAUUAUGGAUAUCAUGCGAAACCAGCAGAAUGUCUUGAAAGACAAGGUCCAGCCAUUCCUUUCACUCAUCCAGGAAUUGUUUGACCAGAUGGAAACUGUGGUACGGGAUCAGCUUAACACACCAGCGACAGGUGUACCGACAACGCCAGGCAGUUCACAGAAUUUCCAAAACUCACCUCGUCCGGGAUCGCCAGUAGCCUCUUCAGUACAGGAGCUUGGGGCGGAUGUUCAGCAGCAGACGAGACCGCUUUUAAAAGGCAUGCAGUCAUUCAAGGUUUUGGCGGAGUGUCCGAUCAUUGUGGUAUCCAUAUUCCAGGUCUACCGGCAGACUGUUGGGCCGAAUGUCAAGCUCUUCGUUCCAUUAAUCAAAACUGUAUUAUUGCUCCAGGCCGAACCCCAGGAACGGGCACACAACGAAGCAAAAGCCAAGGGCCAGAUUUUCACAGGAGUCAGCCCGAACAUCCGGAACAGAGCUGCUUUUGGUGAGUUUAUCACGGCCCAAGUGAAAACAAUGAGCUUUUUAGCAUAUCUUCUGCGCGUUUACUCGCAGCAGUUGAACGACUUUUUACCCACGCUGCCAAACAUCAUUGUACGGUUGUUAAAGGACUGUCCGAGGGAGAAGUCGGGCGCUCGUAAAGAGCUCCUGGUUGCGAUUCGACACAUCAUCAAUUUCAAUUUCAGAAAGAUUUUUGUCUCGAAAAUAGAUGAGCUUUUGGAUGAAAGAACAUUGAUUGGUGACGGGCUGACUGUAUACGAAACUAUGCGCCCUCUUGCAUACAGCAUGUUGGCAGAUUUGAUACAUCAUGUUAGAGAUGCGCUUGAGCCCGAACAGAUUCGUAAGACAGUUGAAGUUUACACGAGGAACCUGCAGGACAGCUUUCCCGGUACCAGUUUCCAGACGAUGAGCGCCAAAUUGCUGCUCAACAUGGCGGAGUGCAUCGCGAAGAUGCCAGAUAAGGUUGAUGCCCGUCAUUAUUUAAUCAUGAUUUUGAAUGCGAUUGGAGACAAGUUCGCAGCGAUGAACAGACAAUACCCUAAUGCUGUCAAGCUUUCGAAACUUAGUGCUCAGCAAUCGAUUGAUGCUACCCCAGAGAGUUAUCUAGCGGAUAGAGACAACCCCCCGGACUGGGAUGAGAUUGACAUCUUCACUGCCAUGCCAAUCAAGACAUCGAAUCCUCGAGACCGAGGUCUCGAUCCUGUCACCGACAAUAAGUUCUUGUUUAAGAAUUUGAUGAAUGGCCUGAAAAAUACAUUCUACCAACUCAAGACUUGCAAUGUUGGCACUCCGAUAGAUCCUGCUAACGCACCGGCUCAUUGGCAGGAGGUGUCGUAUGGCUUUACAGCCGAGGAAGUUCAAGUCAUCAUCAAGUUAUUCCGCGAGGGUGCUUAUGUGUUUCGGUAUUAUGAAAUUGAGAAGCCUUCGACUGAGUCGCAGUACUCUUCGCCAGUGGAAUUCAUGGCCAAUCACUACAUGAUCUCGAGCAGCAAAGAGGAGAAAGACUUGCUCGAAACUUUUGCGACCGUGUUUCAUUGCAUUGACCCCGCUACUUUCCACGAGGUGUUCCAUGCUGAGAUUCCUAAACUUUACGACAUGAUUUUCGAACACACUGCAUUGCUGCAUGUUCCUCAGUUCUUUCUUGCCAGCGAAGCGACAUCACCAAGCUUCGCGGGUAUGUUACUUCGAUUCCUCAUGGAUCGUAUAGAUCAGGUUGGUACUGCGGAUGUCAAGAAAUCAUCAAUUCUUCUCCGAUUAUUCAAAUUGGCCUUCAUGGCUGUCACUUUGUUUUCAAACCAGAAUGAGCAGGUCCUGUUACCGCAUGUGCUUGACAUCGUCACCAAGUCUAUUGAACUAUCAACAACAGCGGAAGAGCCGAUGAACUACUUCCUGUUGCUGAGAUCGCUUUUCCGGAGUAUUGGUGGUGGAAAAUUUGAGCACUUGUACAAGCAGAUUCUUCCCCUAUUGGAAAUGCUUCUCGAAGUCCUCAACAAUCUUCUUCUUGCCGCCAGGAAACCGGCGGAUCGGGACCUGUAUGUCGAGCUUUGCCUUACUGUACCAGCGCGAUUGAGCAAUCUCCUCCCACAUUUGAGCUAUUUGAUGCGACCGCUUGUUGUUGCUUUACGACCUGGCUCUGAUUUGGUAGGCCAGGGUCUAAGGACUCUGGAGCUUUGCGUAGAUAACCUUACAGCAGAUUACCUCGAUCCGAUUAUGGCACCUGUCAUUGACGAAUUGAUGACCGCACUCUUCGACCACCUUCGCCCAACUCCAUACAGUCACUUCUUCGCUCAUACCACCAUGCGAAUUCUCGGAAAGCUUGGUGGCCGUAACCGCAAGUUCAUGACGAAUGCACCUGGACUUACAUUCCAGCAAUAUUCUGACGAUUUGACAAGCAUUGACCUGAAGUUGAUCGGGUCGAAGAAGGACAGAGCAUUUCCUGCAGAGAUUGGUAUUGAUCUUGCUAUUGGAAAACUGAUGGAGAUUCCCAAAGGCGCCGCGGCGAAGAAGACGGAUGGCUACUACAAGACUCAAGCUCUUCAUCUCAUCAAAACACAACUGAAGUUGCGAUUGGGAACCGACAGCCUCCCAGAAAACUUCUCUCGGCUGGUGCGACUACAAGCGCAGGAUCUUUUAGCUAACCGAUAUGAGGAGGACACUUCUCUUGAGGCAUCCGACAGAGAACGUUCCGUAUUCAAGAAGGAUGGCCAAGAUCUCAUUCUCAAGAAGUUAAUCAAAGCUGUCAUGUUUGCUGUAUCUUUACCCGAGUUCACCGUUGAGGCUACUUCCCUUGUCACAAGUCUGUCACAACAUUUUACGCUGCUUGAAGUUGGCAAAUCUUUCGCGGAUAUGCGACGCGCCAAAAAGCCGUUCGAUGUUAAGGCUGGCGAAGGUCCACUGUACAUCGACCAGAGAAUCCUCGGCGAUGCUCUUGUUGAAGCUUUGUCAUCUGAUAUGGUAACCGUUCGAGAAGCUGCAGAACUUGCCAUUCGAGAAAUCUACGAAUCCACAGCUGUCAUUUUCGGUUCAACUACCGAAAUCCAUCGGCUUUCAUUUUUCCAUUACCUUGGAAACACAUUCUGUCAUGCAUGUUAUGAAGAAGAGUGGUUCACAAAGGCUGGAGGAAGCCUCGGUAUCAACUUGAUGAUUACGAAAUUCAACUUGGGUGACACGUGGGUUUACGAUAGACUGCUUGACUUCACGAAAGCGCUUCUCUAUGUCAUCAAGGACAUGCCACCAGAUCUUCCCGCGAAGACCCGAACAGGUGCUCAGAGCACUUUGGAAAUUCUAUUGAAACGGACCAUGAAAAAUGUCCCUAAAACGGACCUCACCCCACCACCCGCUCCAGCAUCUGGUGCACAGACAACGCGGCCGUCGAAGAUCCUCCAACUUUGUGGUAUUUUGAACACCGAGAUCUCUCACAUGAAUAAACACGUGCGUGAGGCAGCUAAAGAAGCGCUUCAGAUCAUUGCUACAGAGGUUGGAGUGGAAGUCUACGACUUGAUUGAGUUCACUAAAGAUGGGUGUCUUAGCCGCAUUUACAAUAAGCCUUUGAGAGCACUGCCUUUCAACGUUCAGAUUGGAUUCAUCGAUGCGGUCAAUUACUACAUGGGUUUGAAAAACGACUCUGUAGCCUUCGAUGACCAGCUGAACAGGCUUCUGAUGGAAUCUCUUGCACUCGCAGAUGCUGCAGACGAGUCGUUAGCUGCGAAGCCAGCCGAGCAGCGAACACAAGAAUCCAUCAUCAAUCUGCGGGUUGCUUGUAUCAAGAUGCUCACUACGGCGAUGGGUUUUGACGAAUUCCAAAAAGGGCCUAAUAAUCCGACGCGCACGAAGAUUGUCUCUGUAUUCUUCAAAUCUCUCUACUCUGAGUCCAAUCAGACCAUUGAAGCUGCGAAUGAUGCUUUGAAGGUAGUCCUUUCUCAGACCACAAAGCUUCCCAAGGAUCUGCUUCAGAAUGGUCUUCGGCCGGUACUGGCAAAUCUUCAAGACCCUCGCCGCUUGAGCGUUCACGGAUUGGAUGGACUUGCACGCCUCUUACAGCUCCUGACAACAUAUUUCAAGGUCGAAAUUGGUGCUCGUCUUCUGGAUCACAUCAAGAUUCUUGCAGAGCCAGCGAUGCUGCAACGUAUUUCUUUCACGAUGAUCGAGCAGACUGAUGCCGUCAAGGUCAUUUCAGCUGUUUUCAAUAUUUUCCACUUGCUGCCUCCAGCUGCAGAGCAAUUCAAAGAGAGGCUCAUCAAUACGGUCAUGGAUUUGGAAGAUAAACUCCGUCGCACGUGCAACAGUCCCUUCCGAGAGCCACUAUACAGGUAUCUUAACCGAUAUCCAAAAGAAGUCUGGUUGAUGCUUCUUGGCAAGAUUGAAGAUCAAAAGUAUGGCCGGUUCUUAGCCCAAGUCUUGCAGGCUCCAGAGAGCGGACCACUACGAGAAGUUGUGGUCGGUAGUGUCGAGUCGUUGAUCAAAUACUGCGGUGAUAUGGGUGCUGAAAACAAGGAGACCCGAUAUGCAGCUGUCAUCAACGCCAUUAACAUUAUGCACUCGAUGUCUAUUUAUGAGAGCAGCAAGUCGUGGAUGGAAAAGAAAGAAAAUCUUACGUGGUUGAAACUCGUUGGGAAGAAUCUAGAGUUGCAUCUACGAACCAACACGUUGCCACCAAAUCUUCGACUCGCAGCUGAGCAGGCUGGAGAACAGCUGAUGGUUAUCUUGACUAAGUUCUUGGUUUACCAUCCUAAGGACCUUGAUGCUUUGUUCGGCCUGGUCGAGUCCGUGACCGCUGAGGACUUCAAAGCAAGUCAAGUUCUGUUCGAUCAUAUCUACCAUCACAUUAUAUGUAGCGACUCGGUUGAGUACUGGAAACUCGUAAUCAUGCGCAGUCUGGAGAUGUACGCAGCCAAGGCUCCAUCACAGAAGACGAAAGCGUUCCUCCUACAUUACAUCGUCAACCCCAUAAUCGCCAUGGAUGUGAUGCGAAAUGCCAAAAAGCCUCCUGCACCCCGGUCACCCAGAUUGAUGGACAAGGCGCUGAUUGAGUCAAUACACACCAAGAUCUGGAAAGUCAGUCUGGGAGAUUCAAAUGAGGACGUGCUACAGCCAGGUAUUGACCAUACAAGAAUGGAAGUCCUUCAGCUCACAGCAAUGUUGGUCAAAUACCAUCACGCAAUUCUACAAGAUGCCAGGAAAGAUAUCAUCAAGUUUGGAUGGACAUACAUCCGAUUGGAGGAUGUGAUUAACAAACAUGCUGCUUAUGUGGUUAUUGGAUAUUUCAUCGCCCAUUACGAGACGCCAGCGAAGAUCGUUCAGCAAGUCUACUUCUCACUGUUGAAGACAAAUCAAAAUGAAGGUCGAACUCUUGUCACGCAAGCUCUGGAACUGAUUGCACCCGUGCUUCCAAAGAGAAUCAAUGCACCACUUGGCGAUCGCAAUCCAAUUUGGUCUGCGGCGCCACGUCGAAUCCUCGCUGAGGAAGGCCAAAACGUACAGCAGAUGACAAGCAUAUUUCACUUCCUCGUCAAGCACCCAGAUUUGUUCUAUGAUUCGCGGGAGAAGUUUGCAAACCUUAUUAUUGCUUCGCUACGCAAGCUCGCGCAGCCUCCUAGUCCUUCGAACGAGAGUAAGAAGUUGGCACUGAACUUGAUGACCAUGAUAUGGCAGUGGGAACGACGCCGCGUUGAAGGAACGAUGGUCUCACCCAUUCGUGCUUUAUCAGAAUCUCCAAAUACAAAGAAACGAAAGCUCGAUGCUUUGGAGUCGACGACAACGCCGUCACCAGCGCAGCCAGGCUCGGCAGGGUCUGUGGACAAGCCAGAGUACAAAAUCCCAGUCCAGUCGCAGACAAAAAUGAUCAAGUAUCUUGUGGAAUUCAUCGCAUCACUCAGUGAAAGAUACCCAUUGCCAUCAGCCAAGACAAAAGAUUCCGCAGCUGGCCCAGCGCCGCCACAACCUGCGAGUUCUGUUGAGAUGUGCAAGAAGGCCAUAGCUCUGCUUUAUAACCUUCUUCAACCUCAGUACUGGGCAGAUGCUACUGUCGAUCUCUUCCCUAACGUUACCGAGACUGUUUUGGCGAGUGAUCGAACGACUGCUGCACUUGCAAGCGAGCACGCUGAGAAGGACAAGCCUGAUGAGAAGUUCAUAACUAAUAUGGUUAACACCCUUCAGGUCGUUCGUAUUAUUGUCAACAUGAAGCCUGAUGACUGGGUUUUGACGAAUAUGCCUGCUAUUCAGCACAUUCUAGAAAAAUCGCUGAAGUCUGAUAAUCCAGAGAUCCAAGAUUGUCUUCAUGCGGCGGAUGAGAAAAUGGACGAAGGUCGAAAGUUGAAGCCUCUUGUGAAACGCAUCCUUGAUGCGGUACCAGAUGAUGUUCCCAUGGAGGAUGCAGAUGCUGAAGGAGAGUCUGAAGCGUCUACGUCUGAGAUCAUCACUUUCUUGACGAAUAUGGCUACGGAGCUUCUGUCGAACAACAACUACGUGGCUGGUAUCAACAUCUUGUGGACCUUGGCGCAACGAAAACCUUCUGAAAUGGACCAACAUAUCAACCAAGUCAGCAAAGCGCUUCAUGCCAAGCUUGCUCGAGAUCAUAUUGCACAUUACAAUGCGCUUACCGGGCAGGCGGGACCGGUUCCUCCUGCCAGAGCUGGAGAAGUCGAGCCUUCCAUGGUGAUGCCAGCCUACGAGCUAGAGAUUCAGACUGGCUUGAUCAUCAAAGCAAUUGACAUUAUGUCGAUGCGCAUGGAUAUUCUUGGAGACAACCGUAGACCUUUCCUGAGCGUUCUUGCCAUGCUCGUGGAGAAGUCCUUGAGCAAUCCUUUGUGUAUCAAGAUUCUUGAGAUGGUCGAGACAUGGGUGUUCAAGUCCGAGGGUUCCUGGCCGACGUUGAAAGAGAAGACUGCUGUGCUGCACAAGAUGUUGACUUUUGAGAAUCGCACCGAUCAGACUCUACUUAUAAGGUUCUUGGAGCUUGUCAUUCGGCUCUAUGAAGAUCCCAAGAUUGCGCGCACCGAGCUUACUGUGCGCAUGGAGCAUGCUUUCUUGAUCGGAACCCGAGCUCAAGAUGUCGACAUGCGAAAUCGAUUCAUGGCUAUUUUUGACAAGAGUCAAUCGAAGACUGCCAGUGCAAGGUUAAGUUAUGUGAUCAUUGCGCAGAAUUGGGAUACUCUCGCCGAGUCGUAUUGGCUUGCACAAGCAUCGCAGCUUCUUCUCGGUGCGGUGGAUACGAAUAGUGCGGUGCAACUUCAUUCGGAAGAUUUCCGCAUCAUUCCCGCUUCUUCGGUGUUCUCGUCCUAUGCAGGUGAUGGUCGUACUCCAACAAUACCUGCCGACUCCAAGGAUAUUAUUGAUCCAAUCAGUCAACUUCAGCAUUUGGACGCUACCAUGGCGCACCAAAUCUGGGUCGCACUGUUUCCGUUGUUCUGGUCUGCCACUCCACGCGAUGAGCGAGGUGAUUUGGAACGUGGUAUGGUUGCUCUUCUUACCAAAGAUUACCAUGCUCGUCAAGUUGACAAGAGACCAAAUGUCGUCCAAUCACUCCUCGAGGGAGCAGCAAAGUCGUGGCCGGAGUGCAAGAUUCCACCACAUGUGCUCAAAUUUGAAGCCAAAACUUUUGAUGCAUGGUAUACUGCGCUCGUCCAACUCGAGAAUGCUGCUAUCAAUCCGGAAGUUGACAGUAAUCUGGUUCGUGAAAGCAAUUUGGACGCUCUGGUUGAGCUGUACGCGGGAUUACAGGAGGAUGACCUGUUCUACGGUACAUGGCGUCGACGAUGCCAAUUCGUCGAGACCAAUGCCGCUCUUUCAUACGAACAGAAUGGAAUGUGGGAUAAGGCCCAGCAAAUGUACGAAGCUGCUCAAAUCAAGGCUCGAACGGGCGCGAUACCAUUUUCACAAGGAGAAUAUAUGCUUUGGGAAGAUCAUUGGGUGAUUUGUGCUCAGAAGCUGCAGCAGUGGGAGAUUCUCCAGGAUUUCGCUAAGCAUGAGAAUUUCCAAGAUUUGCUGCUUGAAUGUGCGUGGAAACAAACGGAGAUGUGGCAGACUCCUGAGAACCGCGAGUCGCUGGAUAAUUUAAUCAAGGGUGUCAUCGAUGCGCCGACUCCAAGAAGGACUUUCUUCCAGGCGUUUAUGUCUUUGCUAAAGCUUCAUAAUAAGACGGAGACGGCGGCAGCGUUUAGCGGGGUCUGCGAUGAAGCUAUUCAGCUUUCUAUUCGGAAGUGGCAUCAACUUCCGCAACGUAUUACGAAUGCGCAUAUUCCACUUCUGCAGAACUUUCAGCAGCUUGUUGAACUUCAUGACGCGAGUGUUAUUUGCCAGAGUCUGGCGCAGACAAAUCAGACCAACUUAGACGUCAAGUCGGGCGAGCUGAAAUUGCUUCUUGGUACUUGGCGUGAUCGUCUACCGAAUGUAUGGGAUGAUAUCACGGCGUGGCAAGAUCUAGUGACCUGGAGACAACAUAUCUUUGGUCUAAUCAAUACUACAUACUUGGGUCUACUUCCUCAACAAGCACAAAAUGCCAAUGGUGCUUCUUUCGCCUACCGUGGAUACCACGAGACGGCUUGGAUUAUCAAUCGUUUCGCGCAUGUGGCACGCAAACACCAGCUUCCAGAGGUGUGCAUCAGUCAACUCAGUCGAAUCUACACUCUACCCAACAUCGAGAUUCAAGAAGCGUUCUUGAAGCUUAGAGAGCAGGCUAAGUGUCAUUACCAGAACCCUAAUGAGUUGACGAACGGGCUGGAUGUCAUCAACAACACCAACUUGAAUUACUUCGGACCGAAUCAGAAAGCAGAAUUUUACACUCUUAAAGGGAUGUUCUUGGAGAAGCUUGGGCAACGUGAUGAAGCUGCAGAGGCGUAUGGAAUGGCUUUGUUUUUCGAUAUUAAAUUGCCAAAGGCUUGGGCCGAGUGGGGUUACUACAAUGAUCGCUUGUUUAAGGAAAAUCCUACCAACUACUCUUACGCGAAGAAUGCGCUCAGUUGUUACUUGGAAGCUGCCGGGUUGUUCAAAAAUGCGAAGUCGAGAAAACUCCUCACUCGCAUUCUCUGGCUCCUCAGUCUGGAUGACUCGGAAGGUACUCUAUCUGCUCAAUACGAUGAGUACAGGGGGGAGACCCCAGUGUGGUACUGGAUCACAUUUAUUCCUCAACUCUUGACUGGUCUCGGGUAUAAAGAAGCAAGCAAAGCUCACAGCAUCCUCGCCAAGAUCGCAAAGUCCUAUCCUCAAGCUCUUUACUUCCAGUUGCGAACGAAUCGGGAAGAUAUGCUCACCAUUAAGAAACAAGAAGAGGUCAAGGAAGCGAGAGCCCGACAAGUAAAAGCCAGAGCUGCUGCACAAGCCCAGAACCGUGCUGCAAAUGGAGAUACACCGAUGGCAAAUGGCUCUCCGACUGCCACCAGAUCAGAAACUCCUGGUAAUAGGCCCCAGAGCUCGACAGGUUCUCGUCCAGGUACUGCGAAUGCGGACGCUACUGUCAAGUCUGAACCAGAUGCGAAACCACAGCCAAAUGGAGCCGCGGCCCCAUCAGGCGAGACGCCGGAGAAGAAGGCACAAGCACCUUGGGAACAUGGGGAACAGGUCCUUUCUGUCCUCAAAACUGCGUUCCCUCUUCUAGCGCUUUCAAUGGAAACUAUGGUCGAUUCGAUCUCAAAGAACUUCAAAUGUCCUCCUGAUGAGGAUGCUUAUCGGUUAAUCACUGCUCUUCUCAAUGAUGCCCUCUCAUAUGUUGGCCGCAUGCCUACUUCGUUCGCUCAAGAUGUCAAGUUACCACAAGCGACGGAAUCGAACAUUACCAGAUUCGCCGAGACCAUUCUUCCUGCGCAUAUUCGAAGUUCUUUCGAGGCUGACUUUGUCAAGAAGAAGCCUACGAUGUACGAAUAUAUUCACAAACUGAGGAAGUGGCGAGACAAGUUUGAAGCGAAGCUGGACCGACGACGAAAUGUUACCUAUCUCGAGAAUUACAGUGCUUAUCUGAGCGAAUUCCGAUUCCAAAAGCUUGAUGAGGUUGAAGUUCCUGGCCAAUACUUGCAGCAUAAAGACAAGAACCAGGAUUUCAUUCGUAUUGAGCGGUUCUUGCCAAACGUGGAUCUGGUUCGUGGGAUUGGUGUUUGUCAUCGAAGACUCAAGAUUCGAGGUCAUGAUGGUAGUGUGCAUCCUUUCGCGGUACAACAUCCUGCCGCUCGACAUUGCAGACGAGAAGAACGAAUUCUGCAGCUGUUCAGACACUUCAAUGGCACUCUCAGUAAGAAGAAAGAAUCGCGACGUAGGAACUUGAAUUUCCACCUGCCACUAAUGGUUCCACUUGCACCACAUAUUCGAAUUGUUCAAGAUGACCCUACUUAUGUGUCCUUCCAAGCCAUCUUCGAAGACCAUUGCCGCAAGAGUGGCAUGUCAAAGGAUGAUCCGGUAUUAUUUAACAUGGAGAAAAUGAGAUCUUUGGUGGAGAGUAAAGUAGGCAUUGAUUUAUUAAACAUUUUUACUGCUAUUUCACAUGAAGUUGGUUUCGAAGAGUAUCAAGCUGACGUGUGUAAACAGAAACAUCCAGAACAAUCCGCUACUGCCAAGCUGGAAACUUUUACGGCUAUACAGGAGAAAUGGGUGCCACAUCAUCUGGCAUUGGAUUACUUCACCAAGAUCUAUCCAUCCUACUCUGAGUUCUGGCUUUUCAGACGGCAAUUCUCGUACCAAUUCGCGGCUCUCACGUUCAUGACUUACGUGCUUCACAUGCACAAUCGCUAUCCACAGAAACUGAACAUCGCUCGUGGAACCGGAAAUGUCUGGGGCUCAGAACUAAUGUCCUGCAUGAACGCAGGCAAAGCCUUCUUCCUCAACCCCGAAUCCGUACCCUUCCGUCUCACACCUAACCUCCAAACCCUCAUGGGUCCUCUCGCCACCGAAGGCAUCUUCUCCUGCGCCAUCAUGGCCAUCGCGCGCUGUCUCACAGAACCGGAAUUCGAACUCGAACAACAACUCUCCCUCUUCGUGCGCGACGAGAUGAUCUUCUGGUUCACUAACAACCAUCGCUCGCCCACUACGAUGGAUCAGGGACAGCUGAGGGAAACGGUGCAGACGAAUAGCGAACUCAUCGUUAAGAGGACGUUGAGCCUCGCGCAGAGUCCAGCGGGGGCGCUGCCGGCGAAUCAGACGGUCAUUGAUCUUAUUGCUCGGGCGGUCAACCCGAUGAAUUUGGCGCAGAUGGAACCGUUGUUUAUGGCUUAUUUGUAG